UGUCCACCUCUAGUUUAUUCACCACUUUCCAUUUCGACAAAGGCUUCAGUAUAGCGGUCUAGAAACUAUUUUUCUGACACAAAUUAAUGUCCGUACGGUUCAAGGAAGGAUGCCAGGGCAUUUCCCUGCGUAUUUUAGAAAGAAAACGGAAUGAGGACUCGUUUCUCCAAUUAACUGUAGCUAUACUGUACAGGCGAUGUACACCUUGAUGUGAUGAAGGUAGCUACAUCAAUGGCAAACAGGUAGCCAAUUGUAAUUAGCGACCUUGCUAGCAACCAGGGGUUUUACUUGUCAGAGUCUUUCAUUCUGCCCAUUUGUUAAGCUAAUUCAUCCGUUGAUGUGGGCAUUGAAAAAAAUCCAUAUCAUAUGCUUUUAACAUUAACUUUGUUUAAAGAUCAUUCGGAAACGUGACUUGAUUCAAUAGCUAGCACAGCUAGCUGCCGUGAGCGCGAGAAGAUAUGGGUUCCACGCGCCGCUGCGCCUUACCAUUGAUAGAAAUUGAGAGAACCCAGAUGUGGGGAACAGCAUUGUGAAGAGUCCAGCAGGGAAAACGGGAAAUUUGAAAAUCUGGAACUUUUCAUACCAAUACAGUUAUGGCCAAAAACACAUCACUGUAUUUCCGAAUCGUCGAAGGAAGGAAUCUACCAGCGAAGGAUGUUAAUGGAACCAGUGACCCUUACUGCAUUGUAAAAGUUGACAAUGAGGUUGUGGCCAGGACAGCCACCGUUUGGAAGAACCUCAACCCGUUCUGGGGGGAGGAGUACACCCUGCACCUGCCCAUGGGGUUCCACACCCUGUCCUUUUACGUCAUGGACGAGGACACGAUUGGCCACGAUGAUGUCAUUGGGAAGAUCUCUCUGAGCAAAGAGGUCAUUGCAGCCCAGUCUAAAGGACUGGAUAACUGGCUGAACCUGACGCGGGUGGACCCGGAUGAGGAGGUGCAGGGGGAGAUCCACCUGGCCUUGGAGCUGCUGAGAGACUCCCAGAGGACCGGCCUGCGUUGCCAUGUGAUCGAGGCCAGGGACCUGGCUCCCCGGGACAUCUCCGGAACGUCGGACCCGUUCGCCAGAGUCCUCUUCAACAACCACAGCGCCGAAACCUCGAUCAUCAAAAAGACCCGUUUCCCACACUGGGGGGAGCAGCUGGAGCUGGAGUUGGAUGCGGAGGAGGUGACGGAGGGGGCCAGCCUCACCCUUGAAGUGUGGGACUGGGACAUGGUGGGCAAGAACGACUUCCUGGGGAAGGUGGAGAUCCCCCUCGCCUGCCUGUACAAGACCCCUCUGUUGCAGGGCUGGUUCCGGUUGUUGCCUCUGGGGAACACUGAGGACGACGCAGGGGGUAAGCUGGGGGCCCUGCGGCUGAAGGUUCGGCUGGUGGAGGACCGUAUCCUGCCCUCCAUGUACUACCAGCCACUCAUAGACCUGCUGGUGGAGUCGGUCAUCUCCCCCGCAGAGGUGGAGGACACCACCCCCUUGACCAUGCUAGAGGAGGUAACCACUGUGGAGAGCCGACAGGACGUUGCCAUGACGCUGGUGAAGAUCUACCUGGGGCAGGGGCUGGUGGUACCCUUCCUGGACUACCUCAACACCCGUGAGGUCAACCACACCUCGGACCCAAACACCCUGUUUCGCUCCAACUCCCUGGCGUCCAAAGCCAUGGAACAGUUCAUGAAGGCAGUGGGGAUGCUCUACCUGCACGAGGUGCUGAAGCCCAUCGUCAACCGCAUUUUUGAGGAGAAGAAAUACAUCGAGCUGGACCCCUGCAAGAUCGAGCUGAACCGCACCAGGCGGAUCUCCUUCAAAGGGGCGGUGUCGGAGGCGGAGGUGCGGGACAGCAGCGUGGAGCUCCUGCAGGGCUACCUGGCCGGCAUCAUGGAGUCCAUCGUGGGCUCGGUGGCCCAGUGCCCGCCCGUCAUGAGGGUGGCCUUCAAGCAGCUGCACAAGAGGGUGGAGGAGCAGUUCCCCGAGCCGGAGAACGAGGAUGUGAAGUACCUGGCCAUCAGCGGCUUUUUCUUCCUGCGCUUCUUCGCUCCCGCCAUCCUGACCCCCAAACUCUUCCACCUGAGAGACCACCACGCCGACACGCGGACCAGCCGCACACUGCUGCUGCUGGCCAAGGCGGUGCAGAGCGUGGGGAACCUGGGCCUCCAGCUGGGGCACGGGAAGGAGCAGUGGAUGGCGCCGCUCCACCCGGUCAUCCUCCGCAGCGUCGCCUCCGUCAAGGACUUCCUGGACAAGCUCAUCGACAUCGACCACGACAACGUGUCGGAGGUGCCCCAGCGGGCGGUGUUCCUGCCCUCGGUCACCGUGAAGGAGGGGUACCUGCACAAACGCAAGGCCGAGGGGCCCCAGCUGCUCACCCGCUUCGCCUUCAAGAAGCGCUACUUCUGGCUGAGCAGCGAGACCCUGUCCUACGCCAAGACCCCCGACUGGCAGGUGCGCUCCUCCAUCCCCAUCCAGCGGGUGUGCGCCGUGGAGCGCGUGGACGAGAACGCCUUCCAGCAGCAGCACGUGAUGCAGGUCAUCAGCCAGGACGGCGAAGGCCAGCUGCACACCAUGUACAUCCAGUGCAAGAAUGUGAAUGAGCUGAACCAGUGGCUGUCGGCCAUCAGGAAAGCCAGCAUCUACAACGAGCGCAUGCUGCCCUCCUUCCACCCGGGGGCGCACCGCGGCGGCAAGUGGACCUGCUGUCUCCAGAGCGACCGCGCGGCUCUUGGCUGCAGUCGCACCCACUCUGCCGUUACCCUUGGCGACUGGAGCGACCCCCUGGAUCCUGACGCAGAGACGCAGACCAUCUACAAGCAGCUGCUGCAAGGCAGGGACAAACUAAGAGCGCAGUACCUGGAGUCGGUGGACGCAGAGACGGCCAUGGAAGAGGAGAAGAGGCUGAGCCCCAGUGCCGACGCAGACGCAGACGGGGUGGAGCGCAGCCGGCAGUUCCACGAGCGCAGGCAGGCGGCGGCGGCGCGGCUGCUGGACGUGGUGAUGGACCUGGAGCGCGCGCACCUGGCCUUCCAGCGCCGCGAGAGGGAGGAGGCCGGCAACCACAUACUCACCCCGUAGGGAGGAGCCACGCGGGGGCGGGGCUAGUCGGCCGCUGUUUGUGGACGGGGCGGGAGUCUUCGACCGCGGUCCCAGAGUCACGCUCCCGUGUUUUUAUGUAUGUCGUGUCAGAGGAAACCUGCCGGGCCCCAGGUUGGGUCCCACGCCCAAUGUAGACUCCUUUUUGGCAAGGCCCUGUCCCCCAUCCCAUGCAGGGGCCUCCUGGACCCCUCAGCCUUUCACAGCCGAUUCUCCUCUCACAGGCAGGUGUACAGUAGGAGAACUGGGGGAAUCACCCACAGGGCUGAUAGCCUGUGAACUGCAUUAUGGGAUUUGUCUGGUAAGGCACAGGAGGGCUGUAAGAUCACCCGCAGGGUCUAGAUACUUCUGUUGGAACGUUGGGAACCACAGCAUUGAAACACUAAAGCAGGGACUGAGGUGGCGAUCUGUCACCAUGUAAAUGACAUUUCUCCAGCUAUCCGACUGCCAUUAGCAAUCCUGUCACUGUUUCAGUUUAUGAUGACAGAAGCACAUGAUGCUGGCUCUGACGCCAUGCGUGUCUGAGGUAGCCCGAGAGGCCGUUUCUUAGCCUGGGCCUAAGUCUCCUGGGUUUCUAGCCUGGGUUUCUUAGCCUGGGCCUAAGUCUCCUGGGUUUCUAGCCUGGGUUUCUUAGCCUGGGCCUAAGUCUCCUGGGUUUCUAGCCUGGGUUUCGGCUCUGUUUGCGAGACGGAGGGACUGCAGGUACCUGUAAGCAUCCUCCGCCUCACCUGCUCCACUGCCUGCCAACUCCUGAUAGAAAGUGCCCUUGCAGUGCCAGAGGACACGAUAGCCGCCAGUCCACCUGGCUGCCCGGUCACACCGCACAGCCCCCUCUCUGAAACCUCCGAGCGUCGUGCUGUCGGAGCAGCUCCCCCGCACCCCGUGGCUUUCCCUUUGCUAAAAGCUCUGUGCCCGAGCAGGUUUCUAACUGUGCGAGGAAAAGAAAAGCGCAUUCUCUUCGGGGACACAAAUAACAUUCCCUCUCAGCCACCCUGUCAGCGUACCUUACAGACGGAUAAUUAUGCAACAGCACGAACGGCGUCGUGCUACUCAACCAAGUAAGCUUUUAAAAAUAAUCGCUGAGCGUUUUUACCAAUGUCAUUUCUUUUUUCUUUUUUCUUUCUCUUUGCUGUGUUGCUUAUCCCGCUCGCUGUAUAAUGGCUUUCGGCAGGAAAUGAGCCGCGUCGUAACAGAGAUGAAGUUUGUCCUGCACGCGCGCGGCAGCUGUGGCUGAGCGCCGCUGUCUGUAUAAAUAUCGUCAGCGCCGCGGCUCCAAGGUCAGGCGGCCGGCCGGCCGGCCCGCGGCGGCGGCGGCUGCACACUCACUUCGGGGACGUCGGUCCUCCGUCGGCGUCGUCACGGGUACCCGAGGUCAGCUUCUGCAGAGCUUGUGUUUUUUUUGUGCUAUUGUUCCUUUGUUUUUUUAGAGGCACAAUCUAUUUUCCUUUGUUCUCUCCCCCCCCUCCCUCUUUUUCUUCUCUUCCAUGCAAGUGUACCUUGGAGGGUCUGCCAGCGAGCUCUGAUGCAGCACGCCACAACUGCCUUUUGGCCCUUUGACGGGCAGGCCCUCGUCUGAAAAAUAACAGCGCGUUUGCUUUUUUUUUCCCCGUUAGCUGCCUCGGUCGACUGAUCAAAGCCUUGUUUAGUGCAUCCCAAGUAGAGAGCACGCGGUAGUAAACGUUUUUCUGUGCUGUCCAGUGUUCUCAGCUAGUGUACCACUGGUGUGCAACUGAGUCCAGACCGCUAGCGUUGUUUUAUUUUAUUUUAUUUAGAAAAACAGGUUUUUUUAAGUUUUUUUAAAUUUUUUUAAAAGGAACAAAUUUGUGGAGUGUACCGGAGGCGCGCGGGCGACCGAUCCGUUUCGCUGCGCGGCCGCUCUGCGCCGCUCGCGCCCGUGACUGCUCGUGUUUGGAAGGUGUCGUAACUCUCUCGUGAUGCUUUUCAGCGCCGGCGGCAGAGGCUUCCCGUGAAUGACUGUCGAGGCGGCGUCCCAAGAGCAACAUGAUCUCCCGUUUGAAACGAUGCGCACUUAACACCGCUACCCUCGUAAAACCACUUGCCCUCGCGCUUAGGGAAGCGGAAUUUGUAUUUCUGUGACAUUAGAUUUUAUACACCUUAUGAAUGUGCGCCUUGUACGGGGCGGUAUUUUAAACGAAUAUGAAUGUGUAUAUACGUACCUGGAGAUAGCGACAAAUAGACGCCUGGAGGCUAGAGUGCAGACACUUAUCUUGCUCAAACACUCUCCCUCGAACCGCUGUAAGAGGAGGGGCCCGGAACAUUCCAGGUGACACUUCAGCGACGCUCUGAAAUGAAUUCACUGGGACUCUGCUGCCGGCUCUGUGAGUGGGUUGUCGGUGACUUGUUGGUGCCAAUAUGAAUGUGUUUGGGUGGGGUGGGGUCAGCAAUGCCAAACUGUUUUUGCCAUAAUGUAAUCUUUUAAAUGCAGGACUGCAUAUUGUUUAUUUAACAUAAAUAUAUAUAUAUAGGUAAAUAUAUACCAUUGAACAAA